AUGUCGGUUGGUGUGCCGGAUCCCACCGCACGUGAGAAGGGUCGUGAAAAAUGUGAUUUCCCGGUGCACAUAAACGAACUGUGUCGUGGCAUCGAGCAGGAGAUUCGCUCCCACCGGCAAGAGUACGAGCGUGUCCGGGCGUCCCUGCAGCAACAGCUCGAACCCGAGCGAGGCAGCCCAAUUCUUGGCGCACCUGUAAGACCCAUCCAGGAGGAGUUUUCCGAGCCGGAUUACAAACGAGUCAGCGACGAGGUGAUCCGGAACCAGCAGAAUCAAAUUCACCUGGUCAAGGAGGAAAAGGAAACGUUCGAGAAGCUGUGGCAAAGCUCGCAACGCACCAUCCGUAUUCUGGAGCUCGAAAUCCACCAGUACAGGCGGCAACUGAAACAGCCUAAAAGUAUACUAGAAGAGCAGCAGCGCUACACGGCCGCACUGCAGCUGCUCGAGCAGAAUCUGGCCGGCGUUCGCGCGGCUCUGGACGGGAAAACGGCAGAAAAUCAGCGCCUCCAGCAGGAACAUCAGGCGUCCGUGGAACGCGUCGGAACACUCGAGGAAACCGCACAAGCGCAACGCCGUGAAACGGAAGCACUUGCGAAGACAAUCGACGAGUUGCGGACAAGUGAAGGCCAACUCCGGACGGAACUCGAGCGUACGAUGCGGGACAAAUCGGAGUUGGAGACGUUGCUCGAUACGGCGGCUGCCCUCGCCCGGCAGCACAUGAACCGGGAGCAGUUGGCCCUCUCGAAGGUACAGGAAGCCCUACAGCUCGCGGACAGUGCCAUCGCGGAGAAGGACAGCAUCGUGCGGCGGGAACAGGACGCACGCGAAGAGUGCGACUUUUUGGCCACCACCAUUGGGCAGGUGAUGGAAGAAGCCGCACGUAAGGUGGAGCACGAGAUCGGCGGGCUGCGGGGUGGGUACGAACGAAGGAUCACGGAUCUCGAGCGUGUCCUUGAGCAAACCCGAACCGCUCUUGAGAUGCAAGCGGCACGCACCGGGCAAGCGGAGUCACGAGCCCGUACGGUGGAGGAAAAGUUUCGAACGCUGCUCAAAACGAACCAAAACCUCGACACGGACCUGCGGGCGGCUUCCAAGAUGAUUAUCGAAAUGGAGCUCAAGAUGGAAGCACUUCAGCAAACGAUGGCCAAGGAAAAGGAAACCAAUAGGGCGUGCAGUGCCCGCGAGGAGGACCUGCAGCGUUUGCUAGCCAACAACGAGCAGCUGAAGGAGCGCUGGAAACGCGAGAUGCUCGCGGUGACCGACGAGUUGCGGCGCAAGAUCGAAACGAUGCAGCGAGAAAAUUGCAAGCUGUCGGCGGAAAACAAUCAAUUAAAGGAUCAGCUAUUAAUGGCGCCGUCUCCGGUCGUCGCUGGCGUGGAAAUGGCAUCCGAUGGAGGCGCCCAGUCGGAUGCUGCUGACCUGGCUGCGUGA